AUGGUCCGGUCAAGAUACCUUGUUCUUUGCGCCCUCGCAGCGAUCCUCCCUGCCUCGGCACAUAGUCACGAUGAAGACCCGGCACAGAAGCCUUUGGCGUUGAGUGCGAAUUGUCGUCAUCCUGCGUAUAAGAGUCACAUCUUGUCGAAAUCACCCUUGGUCAUCUACCUGACGGAUUUCUUGACCGCCGAGGAACGACAACAUCUCACAGAAAUCACUAAAGAUACAUUCAGCCACUCGGCCGUAGCCGACGGGACGGGCGCCGAGGGCCAGCGCGAGACGCGCACAUCGCAGUCGACCAAUGUCGAGCGCGACGACGUGGUGCGCUGCAUCGAGGAGCGGGCGCUGCUGUUCCAGGGUUUUGACGUGCCGCGGUCGCACCUUGAGCCCGUCCAGCUCGUCAAGUACGCCCAGGGCGAGCGCUACCACUACCACACGGACUGGUUCACCAACGCGGCCGUCCACGCCUCGUCGGCCCUCGGGGGCAACCGCCAGUCGUCCUUUUUCGCCUACGUGGCCGCCGCCGACAAUAUCACGGGCGGCGGCACCAAUUUCCCCAUGCUCGAUGCGCCUUAUAACCAGAAAUGGUGCGACUUUAUCGACUGCGACGAGGCCUAUGAUAACGGCGUCACGUUCCGCCCCGUCGUGGGCAAUGCCGUGUUUUGGCAGAACUUGCACGAAGACGGUCGGGGCGAUCAGCGGAAUCUGCAUGCCGGACUGCCCGUCACCAGCGGCUGGAAAAUUGGCAUGAACAUUUGGACGCGGCAGGGACCUUUGAGCGAAGAAAUUAGAGGUGUUGACGUUUGA